GUCUCCCGGCGCCCUUCCCCACCUGGCGCCGGCGAUGAGACGCGACUGCGGGGACGAAGGGGUUAACGCACCCUCCAUGGACCCGAAGCAAGCCUAAGCCCCGGAACCGGGUGCAGCCCCGCCGGCAUCAUGCUGGAGCGUGGGGAACAAGGGCCUGGGGGCAGAGGGAGAAGCCCGUCUGCCAAGGAGUCAGCCACCAACGGAGGGGCCUCUAGCAAAGCCUCCAAGCCAAAGCGGAGCCCGGCAGCCGCUGCGUCAGAGCGCCCGGGCCCAUCUAGGGCCCGCCGCCCCCCGCCGCUCCAGCGGCCUCACCGCUGCCCAGACUGUGACAAGGCCUUCUCGUACCCCUCCAAGCUGGCCACUCACCGGCUGGCUCACGGCGGGGCCCGCCCACAUCCCUGCCCCGACUGCGACAAGGCCUUCUCCUACCCCUCCAAGCUGGCCGCCCACCGCCUCACCCACAGCGGCGCCCGCCCCUUCCCCUGCCCGGACUGCCCCAAGGCGUUUGGCCACCGAUCCAAGCUGGCCGCUCACCGCUGGACCCACUCGCCCGCCCGCCCCUACCCCUGCCCCGACUGCCCCAAGUCCUUCUGCUACCCCUCCAAGCUGGCCGCCCACCGCCACACGCACGCUGGGGGCGCCCGCCCCUACCCCUGUCCCCAGUGCCCCAAGUCCUUCUGCUACCCCUCCAAGCUGGCGGCCCACCAGCGGCGCCACGCCACCGCCGCCCCCGGCGUCCCCGUCCCACCUCCCCCGUCGCCCCCCGCCCCGGCAGACCCUCAGCAUCGCUGCCCGAGCUGCGGCCAAGCCUUUGGCCAACGCCGACUGCUGGCCCUGCACCAGAGGAGCCACCGUGGAGAAGGGAAGUCUGGGAAGGGAGGGAAGGGGGAGCGGGCCUGAACCCUGCCCUGCGCUGGCACCCCCUGCUGCCAAUAAAGACACCCAUUUCUA